GGGGCAGGACAGCUAGCAGCAGCCAGACCUGAUCUGCUGCUGGAGCAGGCUGACUCAGAGAAGAGGCAGGCCGAGCAGAGGGCACAGGGCAUGGAGGAAGAGGCCUGGUGCUGCUGCUCAUGCUCAGCCUCAGGCAUAGGAAGAGGAGAAGGAAGGGAACGUUCUGGCCUCUCGAUAAGGGCUUCGAUCCUCAGACAAAGGAGGCCCGACCUCAGUGGUGAUGAGUCUGGCAAGAGGUCUGUGCUCCUGCUAGCUCUUGCUCUGCACCUCUGCUCUCUGCCUGCUGCUCCUGAGCCUCCCCUGCUACCUCUGCAUGCUGCUCUGCUGAGCCACUCUGUCUCUUGUCCUCAGGGGAGAUCGCGCCCUCACCAUUUUAUCGUCCUCCUUCGCGCAGGAAAGCAGCCGAGGCCGCUACGGCCCGUGCACGUAGCGCAUGAAUCUGCAAGCGACCUCCGCCUGUGCCCAGCCUGUACCAAGCCUGUAGCUUACCUUUCUGGCCGGAGCGAGUAGAGCACGGCUGCUGAGGUGCUGCCCUCGCUGAAGUCGGAGUGGCGCUUGGUUCGCUAGCGAUCG